AUGUGGGGCUGGUUCGGCGGCGGUGGCGCCCAGAAGCGCAAGGAUAGCCCCAAGAAUGCCAUCCUGGGACUAAGGUCGCAGCUUGACAUGCUUCAGAAGAGGGAGAAGUACCUCCAGUCGCAGAUCGACGAGCAGGAGGCCGUAGCACGAAAGAAUGUCAAUACCAACAAGAACGCGGCCAAGGCGGCUUUGAGACGCAAAAAGACACAUGAACACUCUCUGGAGCAGACUGUGGCGCAAAUAGGGACGUUGGAGCAGCAAAUCAACGCGAUCGAGUCGGCCAACAUCAACCGCGAGACCCUGGCUGCUAUGGAGAAGGCUGGAGAUGCCAUGAAGCAGAUCCACGGGAAGCUUACGCCGGCCAAGGUGGACGAGACCAUGGACAAACUCCGAGACCAAAAUGCGCUCAGCGAAGAGAUCGUUCAGGCCAUCACGGGAAACCAGCUGGGCGAACCCAUCGACGACAUGGAGCUCGAGGACGAGCUGGAUCAGCUCCAGCAGGAGCACCUGGACGAGCAGAUGCUCAAGACUGGAAAUGUGCCCACGGCCGAUGCGGUCAACAAGAUGCCCUCGCCGGCUCAGAACGAGCCCGUCUCGUCCAAGAAGCAACCCGCCGUCGAGGAAGACGAAGAGGCAGAGCUCGAGAAGCUGCGAGCAGAGAUGGCCAUGUAG